CAUCGCUCCAAAAAGCGCUUGUGGAUGUUUUUACUUGCACGUGUGUGCGCGCUCGUGUGCUGUCUAUCGACUGACGAGAAGGGAGGGUAAAAAAAAAAAAAAAAAGGAGCCCGAGAGAAGAGUGCGCGACUGCGCGUCAGUGCGCAAGAGAGCGAGCGAGAGUGCACACGGUUUUCCCCUUCCUCUCCUGCACGCUUUGCCUCCUCAUCGCGUCUCAUUCGAGAAGGCUGCGAGCGGACGAGGAGACCACUCACUCUCUGGAACCAAGGACAUUUCAUUUCAAAAAGAGAAAACCACUUGAUUUUUCUCGCGUUUGGCGCAAACUUGCAUCUCUUUUUGAAGUCGAUGAUGUUAUCGUUUAUUUUGAUGCCUUCACGGGCGCAUUUUUAAUCAGGAAGGAGCAACAAUCAUCAAACUAGAGUAUUUGACUUUUUAUUUUUUUUCCCCCUUUCAAUGCUGUUUGCCUUUAAGACAGCAGGCUGCUAUUAAUUUUUAAUUCGUAUGCAUCCGCACGAAGGUGGAGAGGAAGGAAGAAGUGUGCAAGAAAGUGAGGCGGGACGCCAGAUUGAAUGAAUGAAUGAACAAAUGAAUGAGCUACACUGAGCUUCCCCAGCAAGAGAAGAUUGCAGGACUAAAGGGUGUUUCGCUUCAUGACGGAGUGUUGCAAGUCAGCCAGAGCUGAUUUGCAUUGGAAAUCUGACGUCCCCCGCUUUUCCGUUCCUCCCGCAGAGAGAGCGACAGAGGUGCGCUUUCACAAGAGGUCGGCACCCAGAGAGGGCGUAAGCUGAGCACGCCCACCCCCUUCCACCACUUCGCCUUCACCCAGCGCCAUCCGUCAUGGCUCUCGCAGUCUGGUUUAUGUUGACGUGCGCGUUGGCGCUCGGUAACGUCGCGCCAUCCUCUCAAGCGCUGAGCCGGUCGAUGAUGCCCUUUGGCUUGAUGCGGCGAGAGCUGGCGUGCGAAGGCUACCCCAUCGAGCUGCGCUGCCCGGGGAGCGACGUCAUCAUGAUCGAGACAGCCAAUUAUGGACGCACAGAUGACAAGAUCUGCGACGCAGACCCCUUCCAGAUGGAGAACGUGCAGUGCUACCUGCCCGACGCUGUCAAGAUCAUGUCGCAAAGGUGUAACAACCGCACUCAGUGCGUGGUGGUGGCCGGGUCCGACGUCUUCCCCGACCCGUGCCCCGGGACUUACAAGUACUUGGAGAUCCAGUACGAGUGCGUCCCCUACAUCUUUGUGUGCCCGGGGACGCUGCUGCGCGUGCAGGCACCCAGCUCUUUGCAGGAGGCCGAGCACCAGGCGGGCGCGUGGUGCAAGGACCCGCUCCAAUCCGGGGACCGCCUCUACGUCAUGCCCUGGACCCCCUACCGAACCGACAUGCUCUUCGAGUACGCCUCCUGGGAGGACUUCAAACAGAGUCGAGCUACUACUACCUACAAGUUACCUAACAGAGUGGACGGUACGGGCUUCGUGGUGUACGACGGCGCAGUCUUUUACAACAAGGAGCGCACACGCAACAUCGUCAAGUACGACCUUCGCACGCGCAUCAAAAGCGGCGAGGCCAUCAUCACCAACGCCAACUACCACGACACGUCGCCGUACCGUUGGGGCGGCAAGUCGGACAUCGACCUGGCGGUGGACGAGAACGGCCUGUGGGUGAUAUACGCCACAGAGUCCAACAACGGACGGCUGGUGGUCAGCCAGGUGAACCCUUACACGCUGCGUUUCGAAGGCACGUGGGAGACCAGCUUCGACAAGCGCGUAGCGUCCAACGCCUUCAUGGCAUGCGGCGUGCUCUACGCCGUGCGCUCGGUCUACCAGGACGACGACAGCGAGGCGGGCGGUGACCUGCUCAUGUAUGCCUACAACACCAACCACGGCCGCGAGGAACCCGUCAACAUCGCCUUCCCCAACCCAUACCAGUACAUCUCCUCGGUGGACUACAACCCGAGGGACAACCAACUCUACGUGUGGAACAAUUACAACGUGCUGCGCUACCCGCUGGAGUUCGGGCCGCCGGACCCUACCGCAGGUCCUUUGACCAGCACGCAAGUGACCACCACCCUCGCGGCCCGGCCCUUCGCCUCCAGCCCCAGCCCCACCACCGCCCGGCCUGUGGCCCCAACGCUGCGGCCCAUCGGCUCCAUCAACAAGCAUCCCGACCUCCGACCCAUCACGGCCACCGUGCCCGUCACCCGCUGGACGCCGCCAUCCUCGCAGGGUCCCCACGUUUGUGAAAGCAAGACGGAGCGCGGAGUCCAAUGGCCCACCACGCUGAGAGGGGAGACGGUGGACCGACCGUGUCCUAAAGGAUCUCUUGGCAUCGCUUCCUUCCAGUGUUUGGCCGAGCAGGUCAUGUGGAACCCGCGCGGUCCUGACCUGAGCAACUGCACCUCCCCGUGGGUCAACCAGGUAGCCCAGAAGAUCAAAAGCGGCGAGAAUGCGGCGAACAUCGCCGGCGAGCUAGCCAAUCACACGCGAGGGCGGAUCCAGGCAGGGGACAUCAGCUCGUCGGUGCGACUCAUCGAGCAGCUCCUGGACAUUCUGGACGCCCAGCUGCAAUCCCUCAGGCCCGGGAACAAGGAGUCGGCCGCACGCAACUACAACAAGUUCCAGAAGCGAGAGCGGACGUGUAGGGCCUACAUCCAGGCUGUGGUGCAGACGGUGGACAACCUCCUGCGCCCUGAGGUACUGCUCUCCUGGCAGGACAUGAACAGCACAGAGCAGGCACACACGGCCACAAUGCUGCUGGACAUCCUGGAGAAAGGAGCCUUCCUGCUGGCCAACAACAUGUACGGGAGUCGAUUCUCUGACAAGGCGGCUAACAUAGAUUUGGAAGUGCACGUCUUGAGCACUGAGGGAGACCUGCAAGACUUGUCUUUCCCGCUAAAUCACGACAACGACAGCACCAUCCAUCUGUCGGCAUCUACGAUCAAGCAGUACAGUCGCAAUGGGCAAGUGAAGGUGGUGUUCAUCCUGUAUAAGAAUCUGGGCUCCUUCCUGUCCACCGAGAACGCCACAGUUAAGAUGGACGCGCAGUCGGCCCACGGCCGGAGGCGCCUUGCGGUCAACUCCCACGUCAUCUCGGCCUCCAUCAACAAAGAGUCCAGCCGUGUCUUUCUCACCGAGCCGGUGGUCUUCACACUAAAACACCUACAGAUGGAGAGCUACUACAGUCCAAACUGCUCCUUUUGGAACUAUUCUGAGCGCUCCAUGACAGGCCAGUGGUCCACACAGGGCUGCAGGCUGAUGGACACCAACGGCACGCACACCACCUGUUCGUGCAGCCACCUCACCAACUUCGCCGUGCUCAUGACGCACCACGACACUGACUUCCAGGGAAGAAUGCACGAGCUGAUUCUGUUCGUCAUCACCUGGGUGGGGAUUGUCAUCUCGCUGGUGUGCCUGGCCAUCUGCAUCUCCACUUUCUGCUUCCUGCGAGGCCUGCAGACCGACCGCAACACCAUCCACAAGAACCUGUGCAUCAACCUCUUCAUCGCUGAGCUGCUCUUCCUCAUCGGUAUCGAUAAGACCGACUAUCAGAUCGCCUGUCCCAUUUUCGCCGGACUCCUGCAUUUCUUCUUCUUGGCCGCCUUCUCGUGGAUGUGUCUGGAGGGCGUGCAGCUCUAUCUCAUGCUGGUGGAGGUGUUUGAGAGCGAAUACUCCCGCAAAAAGUACUACUACCUGUGCGGCUACUCCUUCCCCACGCUGGUGGUGGGCAUCUCGGCGGCCUUAGACUACAGGAGCUACGGGACCAAGAAAGCAUGCUGGCUGCGGGUGGAUAACUACUUCAUCUGGAGCUUCAUUGGACCCGUUUCAUUUGUUAUUACGAUCAACCUCGUCCUGCUGAUGAUCACUUUACACAAGAUGAUUCGAAACUCGUCGGCACUCAAGCCUGACUCCAGCCGUCUGGAUAGCAUCAAAUCGUGGGUUUUGGGGGCCAUCACCCUGUUGUUCCUCUUAGGGCUGACUUGGGCGUUCGGCCUAAUGUUCAUCAAUGAGAACUCGCUAAUCAUGGCGUACCUCUUCACCACUUUCAACGCUUUCCAGGGCAUGUUCAUUUUCAUCUUCCACUGCGCUCUUCAGAAAAAGGUCCACAAGGAGUACAGUAAGUGCCUGCGCCACUCCUACUGCUGCAGUCGCGCGUCCACCAGCAGCUCCCACGGGGCCAUGAAGAACUCGGGGCUGCGCGCCAACAACCGGUACUACAGCGGCAGCCAAGCUCGCCACGCGGCAGCCCACAGACAGGUGCAGAGUCGGAUCCGCCGCAUGUGGAACGACACAGUUCGGAAGCAGACGGAAUCGUCCUUCAUGGCGGGGGAUAUCAACAGCACGCCCACGCUCAACAGGGCCAUGGGCAACCACCUUCUGGCGAACCCGGUGCUGCAGACUCGCAGCGGCACGUCUCCGUACAACACGCUACUGGCUGAGAGCUUCACACCGCCCUCACCUGGUGUCUUCAACUCUACCGGAACUUUCCGAGACCCAAAGAUCACGUCCAAAGCCCGCGACCCCUGCGGAAUGGAGACCCUGCCGCUGAACGGCAACUUCAACAACAGCUACUCCCUGCGAGCCGGCACGGGGAGCGGCGGCAGCUGUGACUUCCUAAGCGGCGGGGGCGGAGAUAGCCCCCCGCCCCUGCUCAACCCACGCACCUCGGAGACGCUGGGCGGCGGUCGGCGGAAUCUCUCUGACGCGGCGGCCUUUGAGAAGAUGAUUAUCUCUGAGCUGGUGCACAACAACUUGCGAGGCGGCGACGGCAGCGACAGGGUAUGCGCGAGCUUAGCCGGAGGGCACCCUCGGGGAGCCGCCGUCCCCGAGUCGGGCGACCAGGACGGUGACUUUACGAGGGAAGGCAGGCAACGCCCGCCGCAGGAUGUAGAGCUGCUGUACAAAGCGCUGGAGGAACCUCUGCUUUUACAACGAGCUCAGUCCGUCCUCUACCAGAGCGACCCCGACGAGUCAGAGAGCUACGCGGCCGACCUGACCGAGAGUUUGGGCCACAGCGGUCAGAGUUCCGGCGGGCAGACGGGCAAUCGAGCGCCGGACUCACCCGCCCGGGACUCCCUGUACACCAGCAUCACCAACCUUCGAGACUCGCCCUACCCGGAAAGCAGUCCAGAGCCCCUGGAGGUGGCGCCCCGAUCGGCCCAGCCCCCCGAAGAACUGUACUACAGCUCCGGGAGGCCCGCCUUGGGCUCUCGCGGCGCCCCCAUGCAGACCUUCUACCAAGCCCAGCCCAGGAGGCCGAGCGGGGACACCGCGCACCAGGCUCAGGAAGCCUCCCAAAACGAGGGCGACGGACAAAUGCAGCUGGUGACCAGCCUGUGACCGGAGCCCGGAGAAGGAAGUUCGGGGACCGGCGCGACGGCCCGAGUUGCCUCCUAGCCCGCGUGACCCUCACACCGGUCCACUUCCUGCUUGUUUGGUUGCCUUUCUUUCUCUUUAACUUUUUCGUGAAGCGUUAGAAGAGACAAAAAGAAGCCGCCUUUGACUUUUUAAGGAGCAUCGAUCCUUUCCCAGUUCCUUUGGUACCUUAAGGCCAAGUCCAGCACUCUGAAUGUACCGACCCCCUGGCCACACUUCUUCCCCAUCUUCCGAUGCCUCCGAACUUUGCUCAAGCAAAUUAUCUGUAAUGUUUCUGGAGACGACACUAUCUUUUUUGUAUUUGCUUAGUUCUUUGCCCUUUCGUACUGACCACCAUUUGUUAGUUAGCUGUGGAAAAACGUGGAGUCCUGUACACCGCUAGAAGCAAACAAAUGUCUCACAAGAAAGCUCUUCAUUGUUGCCAAAAAAAAAAUCUCUAUUCUUGAGCCAGAACAACAGAAAGUACACACACACACACGCACGCAGACAUUCAGAAGUGCUCAUUAUUGAACAUUACAAGUAAAAACAAUCCUCCAUCUUGAGUUGAAGACGUUUCAGAGGAGUUUGCCUUCUUUUUCCUGGAUCGGAGGUGGAGGUGCCCCCUCCGUUUUCCCUCCCAGAACCUUUUCACCCGCCGCCCUUUCUGCCUGUUUGCUUUUUAGGCAUUCCAAAACAUGACUGCCUUGCUAUGGUUUUUUGCUGAGUAUUGAUUUCGUUGACUUUGGAUUCGCAUCCCGGGGAGGGUGCGACGUUCCCCGCUCCUUCUGUACUUGCUGUGUUAGAGCCUAGCCAGCCCAAGUGGACUUUUAUCUCCCGUGUGUGGUUGUGUGACCGACAGCACUAUAAACAUGCGUGUACAUACGAGAACCGCAGCGUGAUUCCGCUUUAUUCCUACCGUGUAAAUAAAUAUGGACGUGGGCCGGACGAUCAAAAGCAACAAAACGUAAAGAGACGCAAUGAGAAAUGACUUCUUGUACUUGCAACAAAUGAGAAAAAUAAAAAUGUUUCUUUUUUG